AUGUUGCAUCAGAUUUUAUAUUUAUACAUUUCUAAAGAGGAAUUUAUCUUUGUUCCUGAAGAUAAGUCGAAAAAACUACUUGUUAUUAAUCGAUUAAAUGGCAAAUUAAAAAGAGAAAUCUAUCAUGUUAAAAUUGAUCAAUCUUUAUUGCGUAUUUAUGGUAUUAUUGGUAUUAUCCAGUUAAAAUACGAUAAAUAUAUAAUUGUUAUUACUGAACGAGAAAUCAUUGGUAAAAUUGGUCAAGAUGACAUAUUUCAAAUGAAAUCGUUUCGUCUUAUGCCUUUAAAAAGCAAGCAAAUAAUAGUUGAUUAUGAUGAGACAGAGUAUAUCAAAUUAAUAAAAAAACAUUUAAAUACAGGUCCUUUUUAUUUUUCAUAUACACUUGAUAUUACAAAUACGGUACAAAGGCAGGCAACUUUAAAUACAGAUAUUGAAAUUCCUAUAUGGAAAACAGCUGAUGACCGAUUCUUUUGGAAUAAAUUCAUUCAAUCAGAUUUAAUUAAUUUAAGGGAAACGUUUCAUUCUGACGUAGAUAGCUAUAUUUUGCCUGUUAUCUAUGUUAUAAAAAUUACUCAUAUAAUAAUUAAGGAUCAUUUUUUACUUAUUGUUUUAAUUUCAAGACGUUCCAAAUAUAGAGCAGGAACAAGAUAUUUUUCAAGAGGAAUAAAUGAAAAAGGAGAUGUUUCCAAUUUUAAUGAAACGGAACAAAUUGUCUUAUCUGAAAAUAUAAAUAAACUUUCAGGUGUCACUGAACGGUUAAAAUUAUCAUAUGUUCAAAUACGAGGAAGUAUUCCAAUAUUUUGGGCAGAAAUAAAUAAUUUAAAGUACAAGCCAGAAUUACAUGUUUCUAAUAUAAACAAUUCCAUUUAUCCCUCGAAAUUGCACUUUGAUAAACAGAUUAAAAUUUAUGGAGAACAAAUUGUAGUGAAUUUAAUAAAUCAACAUGGACGUGAAUAUAAUAUUAAAUCAGCUUUUGAAGAAAUCAUUAGAAUUCUAAACGAACCUAAGAUACAAUAUUUGUAUUUUGAUUUCCAUCAAGAGUGUAGAGAAAUGAGAUGGUAUAGAGUUCAAAUUUUGAUAGAUCAACUUUUACCACUUCUUCAUAAACAAAAUUAUUGUUUUGUUAAUUGUUCUGAUUUGUCAUCUCCUGUUCAUCUUCAAACAUCAAUAGUGCGUACAAAUUGUAUUGAUUGUUUGGAUCGUACAAAUGUUAUACAGUCGGCGUUAGCAAGAUGGAUGUUAACGAAACAAUUACGAGAUAUUUUUGUAUUUAAUAAAAAUGAAAAUAUCGAAAAUUACCCAGAACUUGAUAAUUUAUUUAGAAAUAUGUGGGCAGAUAAUGCUGAUUUUAUAAGCAUUUCUUAUUCUGGUACAGGUGCUUUAAAGACAGAUUUUACAAGGACUGGGAAACGUACAAGAAAAGGAGAAUUUCAUGAUUUGAUAAAUUCAAUUUUACGUUAUUUUCAAAACAAUUUUACUGAUGGGUCUCGUCAAGAUGCCUAUGACUUAUUUCUUGGGAAUUAUAUACCUCAACAAAAUAAAAAAUCUCCUUUUUUAAGUUAUAAGCCUUUAUUUAUUCAAUUUGUUCCUUAUCUUUUUUUCUUUUCUAUUUUUAUGAUUUUAGCUAAAAUAUUUUUACCUAGUUCAAACGGUAAUAAAACAUUAAUAUAG